GAGAGAGAGAAGAUGCCUUGCCUUAACCUGGCAACCAACGUGAGCCUGGAGGUCAUAGACACCCCCUCAAUCCUCUCUGAAGCCACCAAGACUGUCGCCAAAAUCAUCGGAAAGUCUGAGGCUUAUGUAAUGAUUAUGCUGAUGGGAUCAGUUCCCAUGUCAUUCGGGGGGACUGAAAAAAAAACACUGUAUGAUGAGCUGGUCUCCAUCAAGGGCUUGAAUCCAGACUCAAACAAGAAACUGUCGUCAGCACUCUUCUCCCGAUUGAACUUUCGGCUCAAAAAUCCCAAGUCACGGUUCUUUCUCAAGUUCUAG